AUGGAAUCGUUCGACGUUGACAAGUACUACGAUGAAGACAAUAGCAAUGACAUACGAUCAAUGCACAUGGAAAGAAGCAGGGCAACGCCAGUCCUCCGUGUCUGUGGAAUUCCAUUUCGCAAGGCAAUUUGCGUAGUAGCAAUUCUUUUGCUGGCUGUUGCACUCAUUAUUGCUUUGCUUGUUUUUAGCAACAGAAAAGCACCCAACAACACUGUUGAGUUAUUCGGUAUAGCCUAUGAUGUGACAAGCACCUCCAGCAUUAAUCGGGAGCUUCAAGACCUCAAUGGAACCAUCCCUUCGGCAAUCGGGUUGCUCACCGCAUUAACAGAACUCAAGCUGGAUACCAACCGAAUAUCUGGGAGUAUUCCAAGUGAAGUUGGUUUGCUCACUAAUUUGACGAAAUUGGAUCUUUAUUGGAACAAAUUGUCCAAUGUUCUGCCUUCAGAAAUCUCAUUGCUCACUGGUUUGACUCUUUUGGAUUUGUCCGACAAUCAAUUUUCUGGAAGUAUAAUCACCGAGAUAGGAGCCCUUACCGCCCUGAAAAUCUUGGGCCUGGCAGACAAUCAGUUCUCCAAAAGCAUUCCCGUUGAACUUGGACGUCUGACUGUCUUGGGAAGGCUGAGCUUGUCAGAGAACCAGUUGUCGAACAGUAUUCCUACCAACAUUGGGUCCCUCACUGCUCUGACUACCCUAAACUUGGACAACAACAAACUAUUUGGAAGACUGCCUACAGAACUAGGAGCACUCAAUGCUUUGACUCAGUUGGUGGUUGAAGGCAACCAAAUAUCCAACAAUCUGCCCACAGAGAUUGGAUUGCUGUCAAAUUUGAAGGAAGUUCUCUUUCGGGGCAAUGCUCUAGAAAAGUCUAUUCCUUCUGAAAUUGGAUUAAUGACUGCUCUGUGGCACUUGGAAUUAUCGGAAAACCAGUUGUCGGGCAGACUUCCAACGGAGAUUGGGUCUCUUUCUGCUCUGACUCUCUUGGACUUGUCCAGCAACCAAUUUUCGGAUAGAAUUCCUACUGAGAUUGGGUCCCUCUCUGCUAUAGAGAGAUUGGAGAUGAAGCACAACCAGUUGACCAACAGUAUUCCUUCCGAGAUUGGAUUGCUUCAUUCUUUGAUUUCUGUGGACUUGAGUGAAAACCAGUUAUCAAACGAUCUUCUUACCGAGAUGGGGCUCCUUUCUGCUGUGACAGCCUUGAGCUUGCACAACAACAAAUUGUCAAAGGGCAUUCCCUCUGAGCUUGGGCAGCUCAGUGAGUUAUAUGUCUUGACAUUUCACAACAAUCAAUUAUCAGGCAGCAUACCAACUGAAAUUGGAGCUCUUACUGCUUUGACUGGCUUGGGUUUGGACCGAAAUCAAUUAUCGGGCAGUACUCCUUCAGAGAUUGGAUUGCUGACUACUCUGGCUUGGUUGGAUCUGGACAACAACCAGCUCACAAGCAAGAUUCCUUCCACACUGGGAUUGCUCACAGCUUUGAAAAGCUUGGGCUUGGGAGGUUUGCAUGGCAACCAACUAUCCGGUAGUAUCCCGUCCGAGCUGUGUUUAUUGACCACAUUGAUUUCAUUGGAUUUGGGCCGAAACAAGUUGGAUGGAACGAUUCCUUCCAACGUGGGAAUGCUGACUGGUUUAAAAUCUUUGGAUUUUGGUGUCAGCCAGUUAUCGGGCCCUACUCCCACAGAGAUUGGAUUGCUGACCAGGUUGACUUCUUUAGACCUGUCUCAUGGCCAUUUAUCCAGCCACAUUCCAACGGAAAUUGGACAGCUGACUGGAUUGGUUACGUUAUCACUUCAUGACAACAAAUUCUCUGGUAGUGUUCCCGGCGGACUCUGUUCGAACUCAAACUUAUUGGAAGUGCGAGUAGAUUGCGAUCCAGAUCCCUUUCCGGUGGAGUGUACUUGCAGCCAAUGCAGUUGUGGGGAGAACUGA